GAUUAAUAUGGUGAGUUGCAUUGUAGUUCAUUGGUAGACAUCGCAGAUGGCGAGUUAAGAAAGCAGGCAAACCGGCCUUAUUACUGAGGUUUAGGGUCAACAGAGCUGAAAAACAAAGAAGAACGAUAAUACUUUGCAUCGAAUACGUAGAAAAAUAGUAACGUUUAGCAAUCUGUUAUUUAUUUGACUAAAGAAUUAGAGGCCCAGACAGCGGACCACAGGAGAGCUACAGCCUGCGCUGUAGUACCCUCUCCGGUGGAGCAUCACACUGAUGCUGCUAGCCCACCUUUGGAUGUUUGCUUUAAUGUGAGCUUCUGCCUGUUGGACCUCAGAAGACCACCGAUAUGUCACAUACAGGACCACCUCCGCGAUGGCGGAAUUGUCCAAGAAGAGGACAGCCCAUAGCAGGAAAAUUCCUUCCCCUGAAAACGAUGUUGGGUCCUAGAUAUGAUGACCAAGUUCCUGAAGAAAACAGAUUUCAUCCAAGCAUGUUGUCUAACUAUCUGAAGAGCCUAAAGGUCAAAAUGGGAUUACUCAUCGACCUGACCAACACCACUCGGUUUUAUGACCGCAAUGACAUUGAAAAGGAGGGAAUCAAAUAUUUCAAACUGCAAUGCAGAGGCCAUGGCGAGUGCCCCUCAGCUGAGGUCACAGGGCUAUUUAUCCGGUGUUGUGAGCACUUCAUGGAGAGAAAUCCCACAGAACUGAUUGGUGUUCACUGCACACAUGGCUUCAACCGAACAGGUUUUCUCAUCUGUGCAUACCUGGUGGAGAAGAUGGAUUGGAGUGUUGAAGCGGCUGUUGCUGCUUUUGGCCAAUCCCGACCCCCUGGCAUCUACAAAGCAGACUAUCUCAAGGAGCUCUUUCGUCGCUAUGGUGAGGUGGAGGACGCCCCCCCAGCCCCUGAGCUCCCUGAUUGGUGCUUUGAUGAUGACAAUGGAGAUGUGGAUGAUGAUGGCAAUAUGAUUGGCCAGGACCCAAGCCCAAGCUCCUCAGCAGCAUCCUCGGGCAAAAAGAAGAAGGAAAGGUUAAAAUUGGGUGCCGUUUUCUUGGAAGGGGUGUCAGUGAAAGGGGUCGUGCAAGUCACUGACCAGCCAAAGCUGGGCGAAAUACAGAGAAAAUGUCAAGAGUAUGCAGAGUGGGACAGAUCUGGUUUUCCAGGAGCCCAGCCAGUCUCCAUGGAUGAACGAAACCUUCAUUUCCUCAAACAGAAUGCGUAUAAAGUCAGCUGGAAGGCUGAUGGAACACGGUACAUGAUGUUGAUAAAGGGAAGGAAUGAGGUCUACAUGAUCGAUCGAGACAACAGCGUCUUUCACAUAGAGAAUCUUGAGUUCCCUUUCCGAAAAGAUCCUCGCAUCCACCUCUCUAACACACUACUUGAUGGGGAGAUGAUUAUAGACAAGGUGAAUGGACAACCAAUCCCUCGGUACCUGAUCUAUGACAUAAUCAAAUUCAUGGACAAUCCUGUUGGCCAAUGCGAUUUCAACACCCGGCUCUUCUGUAUGGAGAAGGAGAUUAUAUUUCCUAGGCAAGAGAAAAUGAAGACAGGACAGAUUGACAAAACCAAGGAACCCUUCAGUGUCCGAAACAAACCCUUUUUCGACAUACAUGCCACAAGAAAGCUUCUGGAGGGGAGCUUCACUGCCCAGGUUAGCCAUGAAACAGAUGGCCUUAUCUUCCAGCCUAUGGGGAGGUACAAGCCCGGUAGAUGUGAUGACAUCCUGAAGUGGAAGCCCCCAAGUCAUAACUCAGUUGACUUUCGUCUGAAAAUCACCAAAGUUGGUGGUGAGGGGCUAUUACCAGAGACCGUGGGUUUACUGUAUGUCGGCAGCUAUGACAGGCCCUUUGCACGGAUGAGGGUGAACAAGGAAUUGAAAAAGUACGACAACAAGAUCAUUGAAUGCACAUUCGUCAACAACAGUUGGGUGUUUAUGAGGCAAAGAGUAGACAAGAGCUUCCCCAACUCCUAUGAAACAGCAAUGGCGGUGUGCAACAGCAUCCAGCACCCCGUCACCAAGGAGAUCCUCCUGGAGCUGGUGGACCGGUGUGCCCAAGCACAGACACGCAAGCACCCCUCUGACCCCGACGCCAAGCUCAUGCCCCCGCCACCACCCAAGAGACCCAACGUGGCGGCGCCGUAGCUCUCUGGUUGGGUGGAGCGAAUAUGGUUGCACUGUGGAGUUUGCCAUAGUUCACUCCACUGUGAGAGAGACUGAUCAAAACCGUUUUGUGUCCAUUCUUCCUUCAGAUGGAUGGACGCUGACAUACCUGACCAUUGUUUCCCAGCCACUAGCUGACUUAAGCUUUUAUGUGAAGGUUCUGAAAUGAAAUGUCAUUUAUUGCAUUCUGAUCCAUGUCAGAGGACAGUCCGCACCCCACCAUACUGCCGUCAUUGGUUGUUCUCAAACAUUUAAUCCGUGUGAUUUUCUGGUUUCAUUUUACUCUUGUUGGUUUGUUCUUGGCAUCUGUCACUAUUUUCCUGAGUGGAGCAGCUGUUAAUACUGAUCCUGAUGUUUAGAUAACGGCAGCAUCAUGGCUUAAGCAACAAGUCUGGCCUCAGUCCUGCUUCUGAUCAUGACAUUGGAGAUUACAGACCUCUGUGUUUGGUUUUUGAGCAGGUGCCAAACUCCAACUUUAUCUCUCAUUCUAAAGGAUUGCAACACAAACUUCACAUGUCUCUUUUAUUUUGAAUGACAGGUGUAUAAUUUUUUUUUUUUUUAAUUACCACCCCCCUCUCAGACCCAUUCCUGGUUUUUGUAUCAGUUAGAUGUUGACUGCCAUCAGUUUACUCCCUAGAAUCUUUGUCUCUUAAGGCUGUUCCACUGGAUUUUGUUUUCCUUUGAACCAUUAAAAUAUCAGGUCAAAAC